GGAGUGCCGGCAGAGGCUCCCUUCCUCCCUCCAGUCGAAGAACGCCUGGGGGGGCGGCCCGAGGGAAAUCUGCAUUCGAGCUAUGAUUGGCCCACGCCCCGCUUUCACGUUGGCGUGGUGACGUCAGCUCCUGGGAGGGAAGUUUUGUAGAGAAAGGCGGGAAACGGAGCUGUCUGGAAGAGAGCAGGUGUUCCUCCGUCCGGCCAGCUGAGGCUUGCAAACGUUGCGAAGCGCUUUAGCCGUAGGAUCUCACUGGAGCUUCCCCGUGACCCCGGGAGAUUUCAGAGAAUGACAGAGGAGACAGAUUUCACUGAGCAAGACUCUGAUGGAGGUAGUGAAGAGGUGGUACUAACUCCUGCUGAGCUUAUUGGAAGACUGGAGCAGGCCUGGCUAAAUGAAAAAUUUGCCCCUGAGCUACUGGAGAACAAGUGUGAAAUUGUUGAGUGUGUCAUAGAGCAGCUGGAUCAUAUGGAAAAGAAUCUCAAAAGAGCAAAGAAGGGUGAUUUGAAGGUUAGCAUCCACCAUAUGGAGGUUGAAAGAAUCCGCUACGUCCUCAGCAGCUACCUGAGGUGUCGACUGAUGAAGAUAGAGAAGUUUUUCCCUCAUGUCCUUGAAAAGGAAAAGACACGUUCUAAAGGAGAGCCUUCCAUUCUCUCCCCAGAAGAGUUUGCCUUUGCCAAAGAGUACAUGGCCAACAUGGAAACCUAUCUGAAAACUGUAGCCUUAAGGCACAUGCCCCCUAACCUACAAAAGGUGGAUCUCCUAAAGUCAGUUCCCAAACCUGAUUUAGAUUCAUAUGUGUUUCUGAAAGUAAAGGAAAGACAAGAAAACAUUUUGGUAGAGCCAGAGACAGAUGAACAAAGUGAAUAUGUGAUUGACUUGGAGGAGGGCUCUCAACACUUGAUCAGAUACAAAACCAUUGCACCUCUGGUGGCUUCUGGAGCUGUACAACUAAUUUAAAACAAACAAACAAA